UCCAGUACAAGACAUACACCUUUUGAAUUAACAUCUAGAGCAUGAAUUGCAAAAAUACCGUACCAGUGAAAUGGAAUUCCGAUACAAGUUAUGCAUUAGGACCUUAUAAAAUCUUGUCUCGAGUUAUUGGAAUAUGGCCACUUGAUCGUUUCAAAAAUAUUACUGUUCUACAAGUUUCUUUUAAUUCUCUGUUGCAGUUUUUAGUUAUAAUUAUAUUUAUUCACGAACUCAUUGUAAAAGGCAAUUGCAGUGUCAUUACUGAUAUAGUGGAUGCAUUAAGUUUGAUUGUGACUAGUACCUUAUCUAUCUUUAAAAUUAUUUUACCUCUUGUCUACAAAAAUAGGAUGUAUCUUAUUGUUAAUUCAGCAAUUGAAGAUUGGGCAAAUAUUCGCAAUAAACAGUCAAGAGUAAUAAUGUUAAAAUUUGCUUUUGUUGGCAGAAUUGUUUGUAUCGUUCAAAUGGUUGGUGCUUACAUGACAAUGAUUCCUCUUAUAUUUGGUAAUCCACCAUCAUUUCAUCAAUUUUCUUUUGAUAAGUUCAAAGACAAUUCCACUCUAUUACGAAACAUUCCAAUUGGCCCAAAUUGUUGGGUACCAACGAGCAUGUCAAUGUUCAUGUACAUUGCUUAUUAUGGCCUCAUUACUGUGCAUUUAUUUAUUUUAUGUACAUCUUAUAUUGGUGGUGACGUUUACAUAUUCGGAAUCGCAAUGCACGUUUGUGGACAACUACAACUUCUGUAUAAUGAAAUGGAAAAUCUUAGUGGAAAAACGAAUUUUUUUAGUCUCCGAAAACAAAUUAGUCACUUAUCACAGAGACAUAGUUUUUUACUGCAAUUAUCAAAUGAAUUCGAAAAAACGUUUAAUUUCAUUAUAUUACUGCAAGUUGCUGCUAAUACCUUUCUCAUCAGUAUAUCAGGUAUUCUUUUAUUGUGGAGCCUGAAAACCGGAGAUAAUAAAAUAAUCAUUUCUACACUCAUUCGGAUUUAUCUUCUAUAUUUUCAACUUUAUAUAUACAGUUAUAUCGGUGAAGCAUUGUCAACACAAACCAAAAAGUUACAAGUAGCAUUAUAUAACAGUACCUGGUAUGAAAUGUCACCAUUUAUAGCUAAAGAUUUGAUGUUUAUAAUAAUGAGAACCAGUUAUCCAUUUCAUUUAACAGCAGGAAAAAUUUAUGACAUGAAUACCGCAAAUUUCAAAGAUCUUGUGAAAAUGAUGUUCUCAUAUUUCUCCGUUCUACGGCUAAUGUUUAUAGAGUAA